UGUGUGGCUAUGUGGGGGGCCACAGCUACCGUGCUCCCAGUUCAACCGAAAGAUAAUCAUUAUUUACGACGGGUUUUAUUGUCUUUUUCUCCGCUGAAAGAAAUCAGAUUUGGGUGUAUGUGUGUUUCUUGUGUUUUACCAUAUCCAUGGAAGUUUGUUCGAGAUAUGGUUUUUCGAUAUCCACGGAAAUUUUCGAUAUCCAUGGAAAUUUGUUUGAGGUGAACGAAGUGCAUUUCGGGAGCCUUUCCAGUCGUGUUAUGUAGAAACUAGAUGCCAAAGUGUGCUCUGACACCCACGGAGAUGAGAAAAUAUGACGGUCAGUUAACGUGUGAAUGGCCUUUUCCAAUGAGGACAUUGGCAAGUUUUUACGGAGUUCUCUUUGACUUAGAUUUUAGGAAGCAUCUAGCCUUGCGGAGUAUUGUUGAAUAAAAAGGCUGCUGUGGAGGCUGUGAACAGAUAUCAAUGGAGACUGUAAUAGCGCCACAUGACUUCCGUGUAUUGUGGUAAUCGUGUAUGCCUUGUGGGUGGCAAAUAGCUUCAGCUAUCCAUAGUCCUGAUGUUCAGAUACUUUUCAAAUUGGAGCAGCCAGAAGGUUUGGCCAGAUGACAAAUCUGUAUACGGUUUGGUUAGUGAAAGGCUAUGAAUGCUUUGGUCCGACUGAGGCAGGAGCAGUACAUGGGAAUGGAAGUGGUAGUGGUCCGGCCAAUGUGUAGACUGUUGUAGCUGCUAUGGAGUAUCUAAACAUGGCUGUGAGUGCCCUGGCAACCACCGCGCACGCCCUAGUGGCGAGCGCCGACGCCUCCCUCUAUCUACUCGUCUCCUCGGCCUCGCUCAUGGUCAGUUUCAUUCUUGUCUUCCGCAAGCGACGGGACCACGCCUCCCGGGGCGGCAGCGGCGGGGUGCCCUCACUCCGUGGGGCUCCUCCCUCAGGCCCCAUGCCUGCGUCUGGCGGCCAAUCAGCGUCCUCCUCAGUGUCGUCCACGCCAUCAAAGACGCCGACAGGAGUGGCUGUACAGACAUCACAGGGGGCACAGACCAGCCCAAAAGGCUCCAGAAAGCAUCGCUACCAGCGUCAAGAUUCAGCCUCCUCACACAGCAGUGCUGCACGCCUGGAUGACGUGGGGGGCGUGAAUGGGGAGCUGCGUCGACGCAGCAGUCAGACGUCCACGCAGAGUGAACAGCUUCCUUUCGCUGUCAUCAACCGCAACGUGAUGAGGCGAGACUCCUUUGAGAUGCCCCAGAGGACCAUCAUCGAUUCACCCCGCCCGUCGAGGUCAAGGUCCCUGCACAAGUCACCUAGCGAUGGCAAUGCGCCUCCCAAACAGGCUGUGUCUGGUGUUCUCCGAGGAGAUGGUAAAUGGCAUCGCGGCCCCCUACCCCACUCAACGCAGCCCCCGCAAGUGACUGGUGGAGGACAGGAGAACUACGCUUUCCACCGGCAGGCCAGCUUCGAUGCAGGCCAUCCGCGCCAGAUGACCCAUGUCCCGUCUGACCCCUUGUUUCAGUCCCACCACCCUUACGCCUCCCUCCACCACCAUCACCACCAGAGACAGGCUAGCCUACAAGAGGGGAUGGUGGCUCGUCCCGGUCACGGCAUGUCUGAGUCUCAACACAGCGCCUACACCAGUGACCUCGGAUACGACCUCCGGGCUCACCAACAACAGUUCCCUGAUUCCCGCCAGCCGGCAAGCUUCCACGAUAUGCGAGGAGCAGCCACGUCUGCUUCUAAUGUUGGCCCUGACCCUUCAACAUCCCUUUAUCAAGCAUACCCAGGGGACAUGAGGAAAGGAAGUCUUACCGAUUUCCGACAUGCUGCAGCACCUGUGUAUGCAGAAAGUCCAUAUCGUAAAGGUUCGGUGUCGGAUGACAGCAGUAGUCACUACUCAGGUGACAGUGGCCCAAUGUCUAUGAUGUACAUACGAACAGAUAAUGCUGGGGGCACCGACACCCCACUGGGCCAUGAACGAUUGUACAGCCCAGAGCUGCGCGGCAGGGAGGAGUACUUAGCAUUCAGCCAGGACAUUGUGGGACAGCAAGGGCACGUCAGCCCCGCUCCUCACCAGGGAGCUGGGGGUAAGUCCAAGCGGUCAUUCCCACGGACCAACCCCAACUAUACGGGUCUGUCUCGCCGCAGUGAGGGCCAGUCUCCAGGGAGCUCCGGGAUCUACAAGAAGAUUGGCAGUCUGGACAGCCAGCACUCCGGGGGUAGCAGCUCGGGGGGCUAUGACACGGCCGGCUACAUUCUGGCUGGCAACGGCGGCAUCGCGCAGUCCAUGAGUGUGCAGACGUCCCAGUCUUUCUCAGACACCUAUUCGGACAGCCAGAGUCCCCUAAUGCCGCACCAUGGAGGGGGCGGGGCUCCGGCCCACCACACCCAAUACCAUCACGCCAGAAGUGACAGUGAUACCUCCCACUCCAGCUCGAGCCGUGCCCACCCAGCAUAUCAGGAAAGCCACUUGGUGCAGCAACAACAACAGCACCAGCAGAGAAUGGACGCAGCCCAGGGCAGGCCAAGAGGUGACCUCUCUGACAGUCAGUCCUCUCAAGGAUCUUCUCGGAAUGUUCUGGACAUGCGUUCAUCUCAGGGCUCUUUGAAGAACCUUCAAGACGCUGCCAGCACUGGCCGAGCUUCACCGAGAGGACCGUCUCGAACAGAUCAAAGCAAAGGAGCUCCAUAUUUGGAACAUUCUGGAAGCCACAUGCCCCAACGGUCAAACACGCUGACUGCUGAUGACCAGGAGCCUGACUAUGCCAACCUUCCCCCUGUCAACGGUCACUCCACCACCAGCACCAGCAGCAGCAGUAACAGCGGCAACAACAACACUCACAGCAGUGGUCACAUCCUCCCUCCAGAGGUCAAAGGUCACAUGUAUCCUUCAGAGCCACCCAGGUUCACAACGUUUGGCGAUGAAGACGACGACGACGAUGAUGACGAUGAUGAUGACGACGACGAUGAUGACGAGGAUUUCAACAAAGAAAAUGUGCACAUGAGAAAGGAUAGCUACCCAGAUUAUGACAGCGUCCCUGAGCUGGAAUCAGACACUUCCAGCAUCUUCUCAGCAACUCCUCGCAGCCAGGUCCAAUCACAACCAAUCAGCAUCCCCGCCGGCAUGGAGACACAACAUGCCUCGCUGCGACGCAAGAAGGGAGACAAGUCUGAUUCCAGCCCGGCAGAACGCAGCCAGUCACUGCAGGCUGACGUCACGGUCACCCCUAGGCCACUCAGUAUGGUAGUGCCCUCGCAGUCGGAUGCCAAUAUGGCUAUGAGUCCAUCCACGGGCUCUCUCAGUAGGGGGAAGCUGGCCUCUGAUGGAGACAUGGAGCACUACAGUCAACACCUGAACAGGCACAAGAAGGGGCUUUUUGGCAAGAAAGUCUCUCUCAACAACAUGCUGACCUGGUCAAAGGACCCGAUCCAGAAACCUAUGAUCCGCACAGCGGACAAAAGCAUCAAGAAAGAGGCCUGUGAUAUGUUCAAAAUGAUCCAGCUCUACAUGGGGGACCGCAAGGGCAAACAGGCACCCAUGUCCGUGGCCCUGGACAUCAUCACUAAAGGCUGGUCCACACCAAACCUUCGUGACGAGAUCUACAUCCAGCUCAUGAGGCAGACAACGGAGAACAAGAGAGAAGAAAGUUUACAGCACGGCUGGGAGCUGAUGGCCAUGUGUCUCCACUUCUUCCCUCCCACGCACAAGUUCCACUCUUACCUGGAGGGUUACAUCACCAAACACAAGGACAUCAACAGCGACUUUGGCAACGUUCCAGUGUCGCACUUUUCGAGUCACUGCUCCCAGCGUCUGGAGAGAGCCCUACAGACAGGGGCCAAGAAAGGUGUCAGGAAACCCACCCUGGAGGAGGUGGAGCAGGCUAAAAAAGCCAUCUUCCAUCCCUCCAUGUUUGGGAGUAUGCUGGAGGAUGUGAUGCUGCUUCAGAAGGACCGCUUCCCAGAGCGGCAGCUGCCCUGGAUACAGAUAGUGCUGUCUGAAGAAGUCCUCCGGCUCAAUGGCACGCAGACAGAGGGAAUUUUCAGGGUCCCUGGGGACAUAGACGAGGUAAACGCCCUGAAGCUGCGCUGUGACCAGUGGAUCCUCCCGUCGGACUGCCCCGACCCACACAUCCCGGCCUCACUGCUCAAGCUGUGGUACCGCGAGCUGUACGAGCCGCUCAUCCCUGCACAGUUCUACGAGCAGUGUGUGGAGAACUACGCCAAUGCUGAUGCCGCCAUCUCCAUCGUCAACCAGCUGCCGGAUAUCAACAGGCUGGUGCUGUGCUACCUCAUACGAUUCCUGCAGGUGUUUGCGGCUCCGGAGAAUGCAGCGGUGACCAAGAUGGACGUGAACAACCUGGCCAUGGUGAUGGCGCCCAACUGUCUGCGCUGUGAGAGCGACGACCCACGAGUCAUCUUCGAGAAUACACGCAAGGAGAUGGGCUUCAUACGCACCCUCAUCCAGUCACUUGACACCAGUUUCAUGGAGGGCAUUGUAUGAUGAUGACUGUAGUCCAUAAACGUCAUAAACCCCGCCUCCACCACUUACAAAAAUCCCCGUCUCCAUUUCGCUCCCGGCUGUUCUCCCCCCCUCCCUACUAGUUUUGUCUGUAUUCAGGACUCCAGCCGUGUAGGUGUGUGAGUGAUUUAACAAUUUUUGUGUUAACUUAUUCUGAUUUGUGACUCUCGAAAUGGGAGAGAGACAUCCAGUGACUCUUCACGCCCCCGGCCUGGACACAUGGAACGUGUGAUGAAGACAGUCUCAAGCAACACUAAAACCUGGAAGUUACAUCUCAGGACUGACACACAGACUGGACCUUUAUAUUUCUUAGACCUCUCUCGUGAGCAGACAGGGAGAUAAUGUCUAAUGGAGUGUCUGUUCCACAAAUGUGCCUGAACAGGGCUGGGUUUUAGUGUGUUUCGACUUUUCGAUCUGAGCUUUCUGAGCAAUGUGAGAUGACCUGGUCAAGUGAAGGUGGGUUGUGAAGAGAAAAGUGGAAACCUGUGGUGCGUUUAUAUAUGCCUGGGAAAUGAUGAACAAAUGAACAAAAGGCAACGUACAGCUGGUUGUAUAAGUGGUGUGGAGACGGGGUGAGAGUUAUGAACAAAUCAUAAGAAGAGCGGGUAUUUUGACCACCUAUGAUGUGCUAGGUAGUGAAGAAAUAUGUGCUCAUUAUUUAUCGGUGGCAUGUUUAUAUAUAAUAUGUGUGUGUGUGUGGGGGGGGGGGGGGGGGUAUCGAUGGCUGAAUGCAAGACUCUGACAAAGGCCACCGGGAAGAUUUGAUGUUUGUCAAACUCUUGCCUUCAGCCAUAGAUGCACACACACAAACAUUUGUAGAUGUAUAUUAUGAAGGUAAGCAUUAAUAAUAGGUUGAAACUGGUCAAUGGGAUCCUCCCAGAAAACUCAAAAGUUGUCAAAAUAAAAAUGGUUUUAAGUUUUUCUCUUCAGAAUCUAUGAAGGAGAACUUGUGACAUUAGUCAACAAGGGUGAUCUGUCUUUCAGACCUGAAAGUUUCUGGAUUCAAAACACCAGCAAUGGUGUAUGGGAUACGUUUGAGUGCAUCAGUUUAUUUUUGUUUGCCAAGACAUAGAAAGGCACUGCUGCUACACAGAGGCAGACAACCACUUUGCCAUUCCGCAGUGUACGAUGCUCCAGAUUGUGGCUCUAUUGUGUAGCGUGUGUUAAUCCUUGCACUUUGUGACAUGGGAUAGGGCAGAGGUUACUUAAUCGGUGUGCAUUUAGUGGACAUGCUCUGUGGACCCUGGACUCAGAGGGCACGUUGUGUUUUUGUCUGGGUAGCAGAAUCCACUUACAGAGAGGCUGUGAUGAUAAUGUGAAGCUGAAGCUAUUAUGGAUUUUGAUUAGUUUUUGUGUGUGUGCUUUUUGCUGACACUGAGCGGUCCCCGUGAUGAAAGCAAGCAGCCCUACAUGUGUGUGUUAAAAUCAGUGUCAUUGUUUCUUUGUUUUGCUUUAUUCAGCUGAGACCAUCAAAACUAAAGUCUUUAUUCACUUGUUUUCAUGGUGUAUUGUAGGUGCGAGGGGAGAGGGGAUGGGAGAAAGUGAUCUGAAUAUCUUGUGUGCGCAAAUGGAUAGCCUUUUUUUAUUUUCAUAUUGUAUUUUCAAAAAAGAGGAAGAAAUCUUGUCGCCCAGCAUGUCAUCAGCUAAGACUGCAGAGUACUUUCUGGAUUUUAUAGAAUUGAUUAUGAGUUAUUUUUUUCCUUUUUGUUAUCUCUUCAUAUAUUGACGCGAUCUGUCUGAUAAAGGUCACCAGUACAAAGAUAUUUCCAACUCUUCUACUUCAUCACAGCUGUUAGUAAGCCCCCCAAUCUCUUCACCACUUUCUCUUGUCCUCCUGCCCCCUUCUGUCACAUGUCAGCCACCCUAAUCAAGAUAUACGAGUGUCAGAGAGAAGGUCUUGAUACUUACAGACCCUAGAAUAGUGUAAUACACUAUUUGUUAGUUUGUGCAUGUGAUGAGGGAGAAAAUGUAUAUCUCCCUCACCCUAACCCCUUCCACUCCUCUCUUUUCCUCCUACUUUGUGUGGUUUUCUCUGUGUAAGCCCUGUGUCAUAUUGCUUGUGCUAUAAAUGUAACUUGUCUCCACUCUUCCAUCACAGAGGACCUUCAUGCCAACCAAACAUAUUCAGUAGCUGUUAUUAUUUAUUUGAUUUCCUUUUGGAGGUUGUGAACAUUUUUAUUUUCAAGCAUUUACUUGUAGAAUGUUGAUACUGUUUGCAUCACUGUUGCUUGUACUGUUACAAUGCAUGUAUAAAUACCCGUUUUAAAAAAAAGCAUGUGACUAUACAAAGUUUGUAAUUUAAUUUACUUUGCUGCCUGUGUGUGGAUGGAAGAUAUGUAAGAAUGCCUGAGUGCAGUGGUGAGCAAGUGAUACUGAAAAUCUGUUAUACACUUACAUAUUGCACCUUUACCUGCGUACAAAUUGUAUUUAAGACACAAAAAAGCUGCACAAAAACACUAGUCAGGAUACUUCAUAUUGAAACUGUUUUGUUGGCAGUGGCUAUCACAGAAUUUUAGCUUUUGUUUGGGUUGGGUUUGGUUUGGGAUGGGAGGGGGGGUUGUUUUGUUUGUUUUUUCAUUUUGCUUGUUGAGUCGUCAAACUUGUGAAGUCCGGUAUUUAAAAAAUAUGUGGGCUAGCUGUCCAACUUUCCUGAAAUGUUCUACCUUUUGAAUAUAACUGAACCAGUCCUGGAUUAAGAAAACAGUAGGACUCUAGCCGCUGUGUAAGUGAUGUUCGAUUUCACUUGUAACUGUGAACUUCUAGCCAAAGAAAAGUGCAGCGCGUGAUGGCAUUUUGAAGAGAUAAGAGCUGAAUCAGGGCAGGACUGUGUUUGGCUUGGGUGCCAAUGUAUGGAUAGAUGUGCUCCCAAGUAGGAAUGCUGUGAAAUAUUGAAGUAAUCAUAGAUUUUUUUCCUGAUUUACUGUCUAUUCAAGCUUUCACGUCAUCCUUUUUUUAUUAUGAGGUGUUCCUUAUUUUAGACUGAGAGAGAAAACACAUUUUUAAGCGUUUCAGGAAUAUCUAUAAACACAUUUAUGCCCGAGUGUGUGCUUGUGUUUUGUAAGUUUUCAAACUUUUUUAUCUGUGCCAGCAUUUGUCCUUGUUUGUUGGUAUUUUGACUGAGAUUUGUAAAGUGACUGCUCUCUUUUCUUUCUUCUUUAAAUAAGUUUCUUCCUACUUCAGCUGAAAGAAUUGAACUAUGGUAAAAUAAGAUUUUGCUACAUAUAAAGACCUGUAUUUGGAACUUUUGUUUUCUUCAUCUGGUAGAAGAAGAGGGAAAGUAGUGCCUAGCGAUAUCUGAUGUUUGGAGCACCAAUCAAUUACUGUGUCGACUGUAAAAAAUUUUAAUGUCUUUAUGAUCAGUAUUUUAUUCUCACCGAAUGGUUUGCCAUUUAUUAUGUUUUCAAUGCAAAGACAAAAUAUAUUGUACUUGAUGGAUCUGUUUCCUGCCCUGUGCUUCUGACGGAAACUGCAUUGUCAGAAUCACAAAAGAAAUAUUAUAAUAAUCUGAAGACUCGUAUAUCUGCUGUACUCUUAGGAACAGCCAUGGCUGUUGCACAGCAGCUAGUCAGAGUUGAAAUGUGCAACACCUAGUAAAGUAACUUUAAUUAGCAGUGUAUAAGCUCAGAACAAUCAUAGAGAACUUGAGGACAUUCUGGUCGGGUUUGUAGACCUGUUGUUGUUCAAAGAAUGUUCAAUGCAGUCACAAGUACAGUUCACAUACAUGCCUGUAAUGCAUGAUCAGCAGACCUAGGGUUUGACUGGAGUUUACUCUUUUGGAAGUGUCAGUCGUAGUUCGUGCGACUUGGCGCAUGUCUUGUCUCAUAUUCAGUCGUCUGCCAUUGCUCUCAUGGAGAGAAGUCUCAGAUCUGCUUUGUGCAUCAAUGGAGAACCAGCAUCUGAAACGUAUUAUUCCUUGAAAUAACGUUUUAUUACUACCCUGUGUAGCCAUUCGUGUCCAGUGCCUCAUUCCCACGGCCAUGACCCGACUUAAAUAUUGCACAGUAGCUCCUGUUCAUAGUUACUGUGUCUUUGUUUAUGAAAAAGGGAAGCAUAAAAAUAUUCAUAACAUGUUUGUUAAAGAAAAUGGUUACUGGUGUUUCAAAAAUGAUCCAUAAGUUCAAAGGGCUACCUUUGGUUUUAAAUACAUCAAUUUAUUUGAAUGUUAUGAAUAUAGUAGUGAUGUAAAUGAGCAUGUUUUCUGUUAAGAGGUGAAAAGUUGAGCUAUGCUGCCUUUUAGCUGAAAGGAGCACAGGAUGACUGUGCUGUAAUGACAGCAAAAAGUUAUGGUCAUUUGUAACACAUUUCCAAUACUGGUAACCUAUUCAGCAAAAUAGAAAUAAAGAAAAGUGACUCUAAUCUGCAUGAAAAGGUUGAUUCAUUCAAUAAAAGACAACUGGUUUAUCCUAAAUAGACGAGUGUCUUUGCAAAGUAAUUUGCAUAAGACAAAGAAAUCAAACGAAACAAAAAAAGAAGGAUGUUGAUUUUCCUUGUGUAUGCAAACUUUAACUCUCCCUGUAGCCGUGAUAUGUUUUGGUUAACCUCUGUUGUGUUAAAUCUUUAAUGAUUAGUUUGGUGAGGAUUGAAUGAACCCUACUGAUAUCUCAGGUGAGGGAAAGCUGAGGGAGAUACUUUUUGUGAAAAUGUUUUGCGCUUGAAAUUUCCACUGAAUUUAUGUGUGCUGGGACUCUCAGCCUGUACAAAGUUUCUGAUCUCUUCAUUGUUCUCAGUGUUGUUAAUGUGAUGACCCAACUCCAAUAUGAUAUGUCAAAGCUGAAGAGGUUGGUGAUUUAUAAGGAUGAACUGAAGAGACUGCGUGCUGAAAGAAUUGCAUACCUGUGGAUUUCUUAAUACUUUCUUUGCCUGUUUAGUGAUAUAUAUUUGUUUUUAGCCACCCCAGUGUGUAUUGUUGUAAUGCCUUGCCAGUGUAAGACUAAGACUGAAAGCCUGUAAUUGCAUCUGAGAAGGAAGUAUGAUGAAUGUGUUGAGAGUUUUAUCAGUGGUUGCUAGUUCAGGGAUAGUCAGGUCCUGGUGAUACUACGUCUGAAGUCUCUUGUGGUGAUAGUGGGGAGCCAGAGCGUCUGGGGGAGAUGGGAACGUCCCAACAGAGGUAACAUGUGCCUCAUGAUUCCACCUGUAUAUUAGUUCUUUUGCUUCUUGGGCUUUGAACAGAUACAUGCUGCCAAUGUAGGUUGCAGAACUGUUGGAAAAUAAUAGUGAUGGUAUGUAGAUUGACAACAGGAUUUAUGAUGUUGUGGUCAUGUCAAUACAUACAAAUGGUCUAUGUCUUUUCAUUAUAUUCUACUGAUACAGUAUUUUGCCCUCAGGAUGAUUUCUUUUUUUUGUUGUUUAAAGCACAAAGUUAAAUGAAAAUUGUUUUGAAUAAUAUAUAAUCAGACUGUUUUUCUGUGAACACUCGAUGGUAUAAAAUAUUAAGUACUUAAGUCGUUUUUCUCAGUUCCAGGUUUUAUGAAUAUAGAAGAUAUGGAUCCUGGGCUGUUGAUUUGGCUCAGAUAGACAUCUUCCCUCCCCCCCCCCCCUUCCAAUAGACCCUAACUAUUCCCAACAACUGUCAGUCUUGGUUUCAGCAAGUUGUGCCCUCCUCUAGUCUCCUCAAAGACCCACUGUGAUGAGUACAUAGAAGACCCCAGCUCUGAAUCUUGCAAACAUGAGUCACUUAAAAGAGUUUUUAAAGAACAAGGCCCACCCCAGUUCAAUGCCAAACUUGCCUCCCGUGGGAGCACUUUCUUGAAAAGGUGAAGUUUUAUUAGCUUUUUGUAUAAAUAGGGUUUUUUUCGUGUGUGGUUCUGGUUCCCAAAAAAGUUACGAGAGGAGCUGAUCAGAGAAUAUGAUCCUGUAAAUAGCCAGAAUGGGAGAAUGUUUAAGUGGAAUGGCAAGCUCUAUACAGUUGUAGCUUCUAUCCCCCUCUAGUUUGUGAGAAUAUGAAGUAACCAGCCAAAUGUUCUGUUUGUUAUGUGGAGCAAGUUGACCUUUGCCCUUUUCUUAUAAAAAUUGAUGUUCAUGAUUUACUGCAAACAUUGAAGUGAUUUUUCAGAAUUCUUUUGUUACUUGUCAAUAAUUCAUUUUGCACUGGAAACACCCCCAAUCCCCUCGCCUCCCCUUACUCCCAACACUUCAUUGUGGGACAUGGGACGACUUACAUUGUAUCAGAAUCAGCUACAUUGUACAUGCAUUCAUUCAUCCACCUGUCAGAACAAAUCUUCCUGCAUCCUCUACUGUUUUACACAGAUAGCCCUCUAAGAUUCGCGAACCCAGUCCUCCCCAUCAGCUUUUUAUUUUAUUCUUUUCACAUCUUACACUGAUAAAUCCCCUUUAUGCUUCUUUGUAUGUAGGUACACAUUUUUAUUUAUACAUUAGCAAAUAUUGUUCGUGUUGCUGAUAUUAUCUCCUCUGAGAUGUCAGUCUCUCUGCCUGUCAAUUUUAAGUGUCCAUUUUUGUUCCCAGUGCUAAAUGAAAACGGUGAAACAUUUAUCACUUUAAUGUACUCGAGGUUAUCUGUUUUUGGCUUGUGAGCUUGAGUGUCAUGUGUCAGAAUAGAGUUCUGAAAUUGUUAUAACCGUGAUGUGCUGUGAGAACCAAGAUUAAUGAAGUCCAGUUUAUGUCCAUUGAAACUGAACAAUCUCAGAUCAACAGAGAGUUAAUUAAGUUGGUCACUGUCUCACCCGCUGCCCACUUACACACUUUAAGAGUCUGAGUUGACUGAAUGUCUCUCUAUGUGCCCUUUUUUUUCUUGUCCGUCAAUUUAAUGAAGGGAUGAUGAUAGGAAUUGAUACCAAAAAUGAUGUUGUGAAGAUAUGCUAUUUGUGCUUUAAGUGUCUAUUGGAGAGGGGUGAUUGGGUUUUUUUUUCGUUUCUGGAAAAGCUGUGUAUAGAACUGUAAAGAUCAUUAUAGGUUAUUACCGUUAUUUUUAACUCACCAGUUAGUGUGGUACACAUUUAUACAUGUCUAUGAGAUGAUGAGAGUUUUAGUGGAUCUUUGUAGACAUUUCAGCUUGGUCUGUUCCUUUGCUGUUUCUGCCUGUGUGUGAAUUGAUGUACAGCAUUUAAUUUUAUUUUUUUUCAAGAGACUUAUAAUGCUGUGACUGUCAGACAAAAUAUGUCAACAUAGAUCUGGUAGAAUUUUAUUGUUUUAGGUAGUCUUUUUUGUUGUUGUUAAGUGAUCCUGUGAAAGUGAUUUUUUAGUACAAAUACCUUCAUACGAAGUUCUGUGCAGCCGGAGACAGAAGGGUAGGUAUCACGGUAUAGUUAAAAACCAUUGUGACUAUGAGUGGUAGUUAGAUUCUAGGUUGUAUGCUUUGUUAAAAGACAGGUCGCUGAUGCAAGCUUGAAUUAUUGUUACUUUAUAGCGUGCUGUGGAUAAACUAAAAUCAAAUGACACUCUGGCUGUGCUUAUCGAGCAGGUUUUGGCUGCUGCUGUUUGAGCAGAGCCCUCGCCUCAACUAUUUGGAGUUGACAAGUGCAAUAAUUAUGAAUUGUUAUGUUGAUACGUAUAACUUAUAGAACAUAUGGUAUGAGUUUGCCGCGCUUAAAAUAGAAUGUUUGCUGUUGCUUUGUAUGCCACCACAACAGUUUAGCUGUGCCGCAGCAGUUUUUCCAACCCCCUAAACCGUCUUCUCGUAGUUCAAACUGUAACUGUUUCCACCGCACAAAGUCAUGAUCUGUUUGAUACACAACAUAUAAAACUGAAGAAAAAAAAUGGAGCAUCAUUUUAAUCCAAAUGCAACCUGCGAACAAAAUGUGUGUGAAAAUAUCUCUAUAAACAUAUAAAUUACCUGCGCAAUGUAAUGUACUGCUGCAGGGAAAACUAAGGUCUCAUAUUAAUGUAAGUCAUCUAGUUUUCCAGCAAAUGCUGAGUUAUCCACUUUUGCACAUCAUCUCUGUGGACCAAAAGCUUCCUGUUAUUUUUACUCUGAGUCUGAGUGUUUUUGUUCCCAGACUUGUUAAAUUAAUGUACAGGGGAGGAAAGCGCACAAUUAUGUAUUCCAGUACACAUAUGGGUGUAUUAGGUCUGUAUGGGCUUACUAUUAAAUAUUAUUUCUGUAGCAUGCUCGUACAAAUUGCUGCUGUAAUUCACAAAUCAUGUGACUGAGUUGAGAGUAAAGAUUGCAGAUAUAGUUUUUUAUUUUUUGUGACAAAGUGACAGCCCAUUAUUCUUUUAAUCGAUUUGUGCAUACAUUGAAACAAAAUUUUCUCACACAUACAUAUGCUGGCAUUGGCGCACACACACAUGCACAUACACGAGGGCUAGCACACGCACACACUUUCUUUGUACGUGGACAAAAUAUAAAGCUAGUUCUAACAUUUUUUGGGUGUUUUAAGUCAUCAACUCUGAAUUUUUUUUCCUCAAAGUAACCUUUCUUGAAUUGUAACAUUGGCCUCCUCUGACCAAACAAAGUAAAGAGCCUUUUGAAACAAGUUUUGUAUCGGUUCAGUAGUAAACUGCCUAAUUUCGGUUGUUGAUCUGUUGUAUUUUUACAAAUAAAGUGGAACUGUAUAAAUAAAUGAGAGUAGAAACAAAAUGAUAUCCAAAGACAGUGAACAGUAGCUUACUAAAAUCUCUGGCAUUUGACAACAGAAACAAAUUAUUGUGCCACCUUUAUGGUAAUGGUCUGGGAGAUCUAGUGUAGCAAAUUGUCACAAAGCAAAGUCGCUUGGUUAAAACAGUAAUGUCUACAGAUUCUCAUCUAUUCUCCUGCAUAGUUUAUGCUGACAUUUUUACACUCCAUCGGUCACUCUGACUUACAGAAUGCUCUCAUCAGAUAAGUUUACUUUACUUACACUUUGGUAUAUAUACACAUACAUAUAUAUAUAUAUAUAUAUAUGUCACAUUUCUCCUGUCUGGCUCACGUUCUAGUUUUUGUUGCUGCAUAAUACAUGAACUGACCUACUACCUUUACCUGUUUUUCUUUCACUGCACAUGUCUGGACCGCAGGCUUGCGUUUAGUAGAUCAGCACCUUGGGUUGUUGUUGUUGUUGUCAUUGUUGUUGUUGUUCACAUUUGCUUUUCACCAGCUCUGACUCACUUUCAAUUUCUAUAACUUCACGUUUUUGGAAAUGUUUUCGUAAGUGGACAAAGUAUGAAUGCUUGGUGACUGAAAGUGGGGUCUUUUGUUAACUUAAAUAGUUUUUGACUUUGAAUGGUAUGAUUUGUAAUAUGAUAUUUAUGAGUUUUUUGGUUCCUGUCAUUGAGGUGAAAUUUCAUGAAAUAUCAAAAUAAAUUCACUGUAUUAAAAAUGGCAAAA